GAACUUUGUCCGCGGCGACAUUUAACACUGAAAACGGUUUAUUAAUGAGAUAAUCCGAGUUAUAGGUGGAGCGGUAAUGUGACCCGGGUUGAUACCUGUACCAGGAUCUAAUCCAAACAUAUCCGGGAUCAUAUGAGGCGGAUUAAACCGUUUAACUUUGAACUCUUCUCAUGUUGACAUGAAACAAAGUUCCUGUUAGCAGUUAGCUUCAGUUAGCUCGAAGCGGUUAGCUGCCCGUUAGAAACCGACCCGGUUAAACUUUUAGUUCAGUUCGGUUUCAGCUCCGAGGAGACGGACCUGGGACCACCUCUACCGGGACUAACGGCUCCGGCUUUAACAGUACCAGGACUAAUGGUACCGGGACAUAUAAGCCACGUAUUUAAAACAUAUGUUUUUUUAUCUAGAAACAGUUAUUAAAAGUAGGUUAGCACAGUAUUAGCCGGCUGCUACACUCCGUGUUUAUAGUGAACAUAGAAGCGAACGGAGCUAACAGCUAACACACCGGAGCUGACGGUAACCGGGGAUAACCGGAGACUGUCCUGCUGGUGUGUUCAGUGUCACCGGGCUGUCGGUGUGUUCACGGUCCCCGGCUGAACCAGAGUCGUAUUCAGUGCAUUUAAGGACGCAGCUCUGUGGAGUGUCGUUGUGAGGUCAUCAUGCUGUCUCCAUGAUGACGAGGCUGCAGAACUCCUGUACCACCUGACUGUUCCUGCGCUCUGAUUGGUCGCCUGUCAGCUGUCAGCAUGCAGCUGACCUAUCAGGAGCUUAGGCGGAGCUCCAGGCUCAAGAAGCUGGCAGCCGUGCUGCUAGCGGCCUAUGCUGCCAAAAAACUGACACGAUAUGUCUGGAGGAGGAUCCAGAGGAGUGCAGGUGGCAAACCGCUGGGCGGAGCUAAUCUACCUGUGGGCGUGGUCAGCACAACCUCAAAUUCUGCAGGCGACAUCAGAGAGAAGAAGAAGAAGAAGAAAGACAGCAGGUCUCCGUCAGUGAACAGGGACUUUGUCCUCAGGCUGUCUCGUCUGUUGAAGCUCUUGUUUCCACGGUUACUGUGUCCAGAGAUUGGCCUGCUCAUCCUACAUUCUCUCACCCUGAUGUCCAGAACCUUCCUGUCCAUCUACGUGGCUUCUCUGGAUGGUAUGAUAGUGAAGUGCAUCGUUCAGAAGGACCCUCAGGCCUUCGUGCUGCAGCUCGCUAAGUGGCUCCUCGUUGCCGUUCCUGCGACUUUCAUCAACAGCGCCAUCAGGUUCCUGGAAGGUCAGCUGAGCCUCAGCUUCAGGAGCCGAUUAGUUGACCACGCCUAUCAGCUGUACUUCUCCAACCAGACAUAUUACCGUGUCAGUAACAUGGAUGGACGUCUCUCCAAUCCGGAUCAGUCUCUAACUGAGGACAUCGUCAUGUUUUCAGCGUCUGUCGCUCACCUGUACUCCAACCUGACCAAACCCAUCCUGGACGUGGUGGUGACCUGCUACACCCUGCUGCGCACCGCCCACUCCAAAGGUGCAAACACCACGUGGCCGUCUGUCAUCGCCGGCCUGGUGGUGGCGAUCACCGCCAAAGUCCUGCGCUCAUGCUCACCUCGGUUUGGAAAGCUGGUGGCGGAGGAGGCGAGGAGGAAAGGAGACCUGAGGUACAUGCACUCUCGCAUCAUCGCCAACUCCGAGGAGAUAGCCUUCUACGGCGGUCACAAGGUGGAGAGGGCCCAGCUGCAGCGCAGCUACACGUCUCUGUCCUCUCAGAUCCAUCAGAUCCUGCUGAAGCGUCUCUGGUACGUCAUGUUGGAACAGUUCCUCAUGAAGUACGUAUGGAGUGCUUCUGGCCUAGUCAUGGUCGCCGUGCCGAUCAUCACUGCCACAGGAUACUCCAAAUAUGACUCUGAGGAGGUGAAGCAGGCGGCGCUGGUGAUGAAGGAGGAGGAGCUUGUGAGUGAGCGGACACAGGCGUUCACGACGGCCAGAAACCUGCUGAACGCCGCAGCGGACGCUGUGGAGCGAAUCAUGAGCUCGUACAAGGAGGUGACGGAGCUGGCAGGUUACACCUCUCGGGUCUCUGAGAUGCUCGAUGUGUUUGAAGAGGUGAAUGAAGGGACAUACCGACGCUCUGCAGACAGAGAUGAGGAAGCAGGAGCAGGAGCAGGAGCAGGAGCAGGAGCAGGAGCAGUGGUCCAGCAUGGACAAAGGGUCUGUGGUCCUCUGGAGAUCAGAGGUCAGGUGAUCAGUGUGGAGAAGGGGAUUCGCUGUGAGAACCUGCCAAUCAUCACACCGAACGGAGACGUGGUGGUCUCCAGCCUCAACAUCCAGGUGGACGAGAAGAUGGACGUCCUGAUCACGGGUCCAAACGGCUGUGGGAAGAGUUCUCUGUUCAGGAUCCUGAGUGGGCUGUGGCCUGUUUAUGGAGGAGUCCUGUACCGUCCAGAACCACAGCACAUGUUCUACAUCCCACAGAGGCCCUACAUGUCCGAGGGGACCCUCAGGGACCAGGUGAUCUAUCCAGACUCGGUGGAGGAGAUGGUUCAGAGAGGAACCACAGAUUCAGAUCUGGAGCAGAUCCUUCGGACUGUCCACCUGCUCUACAUCCUGGACAGAGAGGGAGGUUGGGAGUCCAUCAGCGACUGGAAGGACGUUCUGUCAGGAGGAGAGAAGCAGAGGAUGGGCAUGGCCCGCAUGUUCUACCACUGUCCUCGUUACGCCCUGCUGGACGAGUGUACGAGUGCCGUUAGCAUCGACGUGGAGGGAAAUAUCUUCCAGGCUGCAAAGGAUGCUGGGAUAUCUCUGCUGUCAAUCACACACAGACCCUCCCUGUGGAAGUACCACUCUCACCUGCUGCAGUUUGACGGAGAGGGUGGAUGGAGGUUCGAACCUCUGGACGCAUCCACACGUCUGUCCCUACAGGAGGAGAAGCUGCGUCUGGAGAAUCAGCUGUCGGGGAUUCCCAAGAUGCAACAGAGACUGGCAGAGCUGUGUGGCCUGCUGGGGGACAGACAGGGGGACAGGGAGGAGGAGGAGUCUCUCUCCUGAGGCAAAUGUGCUGUUUUUACUAGUUUACUAGUCUGACCUGUGUGAUGUCGGAGACUUUAGGUUCAAAUUUUUAAAAAAUCUAUCAACAUGAUCAAUAACUGAUUUUAAUCUCAUGAAAAUAAAUGUUUAUUUUUCUAACAUAUUCACAGCGUUUAGACUAAGUAUAGAUAUGUAUUUAUAUAUUCAUAGUGUUUAGACUAAAUAUAUAUUUAUAUAUUCACAAUAUUUGGACUAAAUAUAGAUAUAGUUACAAUAUUUAGAAUAAAUAUAGAUUUAUAU